AGAGGACAGUAUCACUGGUGUCUGGUGUUACGGGCAGUCAGCAACGAGUGAGACUGGAGCUACAAACUUUGAUACUUGUUACUUUAUUGUUUAUUACAACGCUAAACUUCUGCGCUGUUUAAAGUUUUACAUUAUAGUUCAACUUUUAUAAAUAGCCACGAAGCGUGGAUGUUAAGGAACCGUUUGGAGUGAAAGACAAAGAAAGAAGAGUGAAAAAAAGUAGAAGGGCUGACCGCUGGAUUGAAUUUCCAACUGGAAUGCUGUUAUUGAGAGAGAACGGCGCUGUGUAUGCCCGCGCCCCCAUAGGGGUAUGUCUAUGUUUUAGCGGGGUCAGUUUGUAGUGUGUCGUGGGGUCUCUUUCAACUGCCAAACCAGCCGGCACACUGCAGCCUCUGUCCGGCCAAAGGGAAGGAACUGUGCCCUCUUCUAGAUCAUCGGUCCUUUCUGCCCUGCUCCAUGGCCAUUUCUGCGGGCUGAGAGAGGAAACGUGAUAUCCUAACGGAGAAAAGACGCGGAGUUUGUUGUGAUUCGAACUUGUUUAGACUUUUGCUCAUGUUCAGAGAACAUCGGCGUUUUGACUGUAAAUAAAUUACCGUAACGACGGAUAAAAGCUUGAUUGUUGAUGUUGGCCUCCAGCCUCGCGGGGACCAACUGAUGUGGGUCGUGCGGCGGGCGGACGGCAGGCCUAGCUGACAGCCCCUCAGGGACUCCGCGACAGAAGUUGUGAUCGGUGAUCAAUAACCGGGAAGAUAAACGAGAGUAGCUUGGCCAGUAUGGAGCGAAGAGGCAGCUGGGGUACGGUGGUCGGGCUGUGGUUGGUGCUAACCGGACUGGUUGCGGCGGAAGAAGAGGUGGUAAUGAAUACCAAACUAGAGACGUCAGAUCUCCGAUGGACUGUCUACCCUCACACAGACCCUGAGUGGGAGGAGAUGAGCGGUCUGGAUGACGAGGGGAGCAGUGUGCGCACCUAUCAGCUGUGUCCAGGAGACAGUAGCACCUCCCAUUGGCUGAGGAGCCGGCUCAUCCCGCGAAGGACCGCCUCCGUACUCUAUGUGGAGAUACGGUUCACAAUGAUGGAAUGUUCAUCUCUCCCCUAUAACUCCCAACGCUCCUGUAAGGAGACCUUUAACUUAUAUUACUAUCAAACGGAUGCUGAUGACGCCACUAACACACACCCAGCAUGGAUGGAAAACCCCUACACUAAGGUGGACACAGUAGCAGCUGACUUCCUGCUUCGAAGGGGAGGAGAGAAGAAGUCCAACGUAAAGACUCUCAGAAUUGGUUCGUUGACCAAAAGGGGCCUGUACCUGGCCUUCCAAGGCCAAGGGGCCUGUAUGGCUCUACUGGCUGUCAGGGUGUAUUUUAAGAAGUGCCCUCCCCUGACUCGCUCCUUUUCAAAGUUCCCUGAGACGGUACCCCACGCCCUGGUGGAGGGGGCUCAGGGGGUGUGUGUGGACAACGCUGUGACCCCCCCGGGCGAGCUGGCACGCCCUCCUAGCAUGCUUUGCGGUGAGGAUGGCCAUUGGGUUGGUCAGCCAACCACUGCCUGCGCCUGUAAAGAUGGAUAUGAACCCACAGACACCGACCUACGCUGUAGAGCGUGUCCUGUCGGUCACUAUAAGGCGGGGCUGGGGGUUGGUGGAUGCGUCCCCUGUCCGGACAACAGCAACACCUUAGGAACAGGCUCCUCCCACUGCCUCUGUCGCUCCGGUUACCACAGAGCAGGUUCCGACCCGGUAACGUCACUCUGCACACGCCCCCCCUCAGCACCUCGCUCCAUCGUGUCACAGAUCAACGACACCAUGGUAACGCUAGAAUGGUCGGAGCCUUUAGAACGCGGUGGCCGUGACGACCUGACCUACAGCAUAGGGUGUGUCCGCUGUAGCCCCUCUUCCCAGAGGGCGUGUCUUCACUGCGGAGAUGGUGUGUCUUAUCGACCAUCCCAGCACGGCCUGUCACAGCGCAGAGUGGUAAUCCGCGGACUCCUACCACACACCACCUACACCCUCAGCGUCCAAUCAGAAAACGGUGUCUCAAAGCUAAGCCAAUCAGAACCUGCUGUUGAGAGAGUCAACAUUACUACGAGCCGAGACAUGCCAGCUCCAGUAUCUGGAAUAAAAAGAACCAAGGCAUCAGAGAACAGUCUGACUCUACACUGGAACAACCCCCAACACACAGACUACACUGUCCUGGAAUACGAGCUACGAUACCGUCCCAAGGAUGGCCCAGAGGCAGGACAGUGGCAGUAUGUGACCAGUCUGGUUGGUAGUGCUGUGCUCAGUAACCUACAGAGGUCAACUGGUUAUCAGGUCCAGGUUCGGGCCAGAACCAUGGCUGGAUUCAGUACCUUCUCCCCAGUGUCCACCUUCACCACCCUGCCCGAUGAAGGGGCUGCCCACUCCCAGCUGAUGGUGACAGGUGUCCUGGUUGCCAUGGGAAUUCUACUUCUUAUUGCCGUGGUAACCAUUGCUGUAUACUGCUAUCGUAAACACCUGCAUGAGAACCAUCUGGAGAUGAAUGAUAAGAAUGGACAAUAUGUGAUGGGACAGACAGGAAUGAAGGUGUACAUUGAUCCGUUUACCUACGAGGAUCCUAACGAGGCGGUCAGAGAGUUUGCAAAGGAAAUCGACGUGUCCUUCGUCAAAAUAGAGGAGGUGAUUGGAGCUGGUGAGUUUGGGGAGGUGUGUCGAGGGAGACUGAAGGUCCCUGGUAAGAAGGAAAACUACGUGGCCAUCAAGACUCUGAAGGGAGGAUACACAGACAAGCAGAGGAGGGACUUCCUGUCCGAGGCGUCGAUCAUGGGUCAAUUUCAAUGUGUAGGUCAGUUCCAGCAUCCCAAUAUUAUCCAUCUGGAAGGUGUCAUUACUGCUUCCUGUCCUGUCAUGAUCCUCACAGAGUUUAUGGAGAACGGAGCGCUUGACAGCUUCUUACGGUUGAAUGAUGGUCAGUUUACUCCCAUUCAGUUGGUGGGGAUGCUGCGUGGCAUCGCCUCAGGUAUGAAGUACCUCUCAGAGAUGAGUUAUGUGCAUCGUGACCUGGCAGCUCGGAACAUACUGGUGAACUCUAACCUGGUGUGUAAAGUGUCUGACUUCGGCUUGUCACGCUUCCUCCAGGAAAACUCCUCCGACCCGACCUACACCAGCUCCCUGGGAGGAAAGAUCCCGAUUCGCUGGACGGCUCCAGAGGCGAUAGCGUUCAGGAAGUUCACGUCGGCCAGUGACGCGUGGAGCUACGGCAUCGUCAUGUGGGAGGUGAUGUCCUUCGGGGAGCGGCCGUAUUGGGACAUGAGCAACCAGGACGUGAUCAAUGCCAUAGAGCAGGACUACAGACUGCCCCCCCCUCCAGAGUGCCCCUCCUCCCUCCACUCCCUCAUGCUGGACUGCUGGCAGAAGGAGAGAUCUGCUCGGCCGCGUUUUGCUAACGUGGUCUCAGCGCUCGAUAAGCUUAUCAGAAACCCUGCCUCCCUGAAGAUCACACGGCCUGAUGGCCCCGGCUCCUCCCAGCCCCUCCUGGAUCAGCGCCCCCCACCUCCCCUGUCAGCCUGUGGUUCCGUCUCCGAGUGGCUUCAUGCCAUCAACAUGUCCCGGUACCAGGACAGCUUCACUCAGGCAGGCUUCACCAGCCUGGACCUCAUUGCUCAGAUUUCCACAGAAGACCUGUUGCGUAUCGGGGUGACCCUAGCAGGACAUCAAAAGAAGAUCCUCUCUUCCAUUCAGACACUUAGGGUCCACAAGGCCCCUCCCAUGCUUCGAUACUGAUCAUUCACCUCCCACAUACCCUUGAAGCCCCUCCUACCCUUGGAUACUGACCAAUCACACCAAAGCUCAACUGACAAGCCAACUUUUAUGGCAUCCCUAUGCCAACAGUCUCUCUAUCCAAUCACUGUGCUCAGACCCACUGUGAUUUUACAGGAGGCACCCUUCACCCAAUCACUAGUGGGAGACCGGGAGAUAAAGAAGAAUUCUUUGUGAAUCUUUUAUUUGAAUAAUUAUGCUGUCACAGGAAUACUACACAGGAAUACUCUGGGAAUACCGUGGGAAUACUCUGGGAAUACCGUUGGAAUAUGGUGGGAAUACUGUUGGAAUAUGGUGGGAAUACUGUAAGCUCCGUUGGGAGUUUGGACCCUCUGUGUUGACUUGGUUCUCCUCCUAACCGAGGUCCAACUGACAUUCUGAUCUACUAUGUCCCUGACACCAUGAUUAAUGAGACAUGUACCGCUAAGAUGGAAAGACCAAAUCCUCCCCUCUGUCAUAAAAGAUGGUUGAAGAUGGACUCAUUUUCUCCUCUGUCAUAAAAGACUGAUAAAGACAGACGGAUCUCUUCUCCCGUCACCCUCCACCUCUGGCCGGGAGUCUGACUGAACUGAAUUUUUGUUCGACAUGAACUCUGACCCUUAAUCCCCCGACACACUUCUGUGAUGACACUGCUGUGCUUUGACUAAUCAACGACGGUCCCUGGAGUUGACUGUCUGACCUCUGACCCCAUCCGGUGAAAUGUGGGGGGUUGCAGUCAUGAGGCUCUCCCUUUGCAUUAUGGGAGAUGUAGUAGCCGAUGCCCUCACAUUGAAGGCUUUGUAUUGAUGUUUUAAUUGUUUCUUAUUUUGGUGAUGAAAGCAGAAUGUUUUGUAAUAAUGAUGAUUAUUAUUCUGUUGCCUUUUCUAAAAAGCCUUAAAUAAAUGUGACUGAUUUAUAUUAUUAUUAUUGUUAUGAUAGUAUAUUCAGUAAUUUGAUUUAUAUAUAUUUGAGCAAAUAUUGGGAGAGGCGUGUCCAUCAAUUACUGUGACCAAUCACAAUAAAGAUGGCAAAAGUUGCC